CCCCUCCACAUGCUUCUCUCUCUCUCUCUCUCUCUCUCCAAAUCAGUUCUUGUGGUGUGGCGAGAUGGCGAAGGCCGAACCGAUCGGAUACUUGGUAGGUAUCCUUACCCAACUCAGAUACAUGGUAUCAAUGGCAUUCAGCCGGUUGGGUCUGUUUAAAUCGGCGGAAGAGGCCAUUUAUUCAGGGGAAUUACACGAUCACUCCCCCACUAGCAAUGAAGACAGCAAUUACGUGCUAAUGUGGGAUGGGUCAUCUCCCUCACUAGUCCCUGUUCCAAUCCCCAUCGUAACGGCAUUUAUCAAGAAGAGGCUACCAGUUGUACUAUUCUCCGAUUUCAUAGAGGGCGCAGACAAAUCAAGAAUAAUGCACGAAUUUGAUUUUGAUGGUUUUGAGGUUGAUAGGAAGAUGAGGUGUUCGGUGUGUUGGGAUUGCAUUGAAGGGAGCCACCAGAUCAGGGAGCUAUCAAACUGUUGUCAUGUGUUUCACAGGGAGUGUUUGGAUAGGUGGGUGGAUGAGGGUCAGCUCACUUGCCCUUUGUGCAGAUCUACGCUUCUUCCUCCUAAUACCAGUCCCUGGGUUGUACUCAGGAAUGCUGAUCUCUCUGACACUCCUACUGAACAAGAACAAGAACCAGUACAAGAACAAGAACAAGAACAAGAACGGAUGCAGAGUACUGGAACAACAUAAUUACUUUUCUUCCCUGAUUUGUAGUACUCUCAUUUCCUGAGUGUAAUUAAAUGCCGUUCCCUCUUCUUUUUUGAGAGAUAAUGCCGUUCCCUCUUGGUUUUACUGACUUUUCAGGGCACUUAAGAAUGAAUGUUUAAACAUUCUUCCUGCAUAA